CCGGCGGAGUCCACUGAGCGGUGCCAGGAUGCGGUGCCACAAGUUUUGGGGACCAUGUUCGCUCGGGUUUUACAUUUGGACGGCCAUGCUCUUCAAAGGAUCCCUGCAGGGGGAACACCAGAGGAGGCUGUACAAAGAGCUGCUGGCUAACUACAACAGGCUGGAGAGACCUGUGGUCAAUGACUCAGCUGCCAUCUUGGUGGAGCUGGGCCUCACACUACUGCAGAUCAUCGACGUGGAUGAGAAGAACCAAGUGCUGAUGACCAAUGCCUGGCUGCAGCUGUACUGGACCGAUAUCUACCUGAGCUGGAAUCCAGAAAACUACCCUGGCGUCCAGAACCUGCGAUUCCCUUCAGACCAGAUCUGGACCCCUGACAUCCUCCUUUACAACAGUGCGGAUGAGCGAUUCGACGCCACCUUCCACACCAACGUACUGGUAAAUGCAUCAGGUUACUGCCAGUACAUCCCCCCUGGCAUCUUGAAGAGCACCUGCUACAUCGACGUGCGUUGGUUCCCCUUCGACGUUCAGAAGUGCGACUUGAAGUUUGGCUCCUGGACGCACAACGGCUGGCUGCUGGACCUCCAGAUGCUGGAUGUGGACACAUCCACCUACAUACCCAACGGAGAAUGGGACCUUGUGGGUGUGCCCGCUAAGCGUAAUGAGCUGUACUACGAGUGCUGCAAGGAGCCCUACCCUGAUGUGACGUUUACGGUCACCAUGCGUCGCAGGACUCUUUAUUAUGGACUCAAUCUGCUUAUUCCGUGUGUGCUGAUCUCUGGCUUGGCCCUGCUGGUUUUCCUGCUGCCUGCGGACUCUGGGGAAAAGAUUUCUCUGGGCAUCACUGUGCUGCUUUCGCUAACUGUCUUCAUGCUUCUGGUAGCAGAGAUCAUGCCUGCCACGUCCGACUCUGUUCCUCUCAUCGCCCAGUACUUUGCCAGCACCAUGAUGAUUGUGGGAAUGUCUGUAGUGGUGACUGUUAUCGUCCUGCAGUUUCACCAUCAUGACCCUCAGGGAGGCAAGAUGCCUAAGUGGGUUCGGGUGGUUCUGUUGAACUGGUGUGCCUGGUUUCUCCGUAUGAAACAACCUGGAGAUGAGCGCAAGCGGACUGGUUACAAGUACCGUCAUGCCUCCCAGCACCACUCCAGCACCAGCUCCAUAGAGAUGGGCACAGUACCAAGCCUGUCUGUGCCCCUCUCACAGACAUCCUGCCCCCCGUGCCCCACAGGCACCUCCAAUGGUUCCAUGAGCCUCUACUUUGGUAGUUAUCACCCUAUAGAGAGCCCACACUGCCCGCCAUCUAGCGACUCCGGGGUAGCGCUAGGCGGUCGUGCCCACAGCUCCCCUAUUGGCAUCCCCCCACCAGAGAUCCAGCGCAUCCUGGAGGAAGUGUCCUACAUAGCCCAGCGGUUCCGGGACCAGGACGAGGCUGAGGCCAUCUGCAGCGAGUGGAAGUUUGCAGCGGCGGUGGUGGACCGGCUGUGCCUGGUGGCCUUCUCUCUCUUCUCCAUCAUUUGCACCUUCACCAUUCUCAUGUCAGCACCCAACUUCAUCGAGGCUGUUUCCAAGGACUUCACAUAGCUGGUUGCAGCAGCAGGAGGGAGGGAAGGAAGAAUGUGCAAAAUAAAAAAGGGGAGGGGGAAAGGAAAGAGUGCAGUGCUGUAUGUGGUCCCCAACCUACAGGUUGGACACCCCAUUGGAUAGGAGGUGAGCCACACAGUGUUUUAUGAGGAAAAAUGGUAAUAUCUCCAAAAACUUAGUGCAAAGAAAUAGAGCCUUGCAGUUCUGCCAAGCAGCUGAAUCGUGUAGUCAGUUGAACCAAUCAUGAAACAAAACAUUUGCGAUUGAUCAGCAAGUAAUUACAAAGACACAUCACUAUGUUUCAUUAGCAAAUUUCAAAUUGAGAAAAGAAACAUAUAUAUAUAGUAAUUAUUCUAAUAUCUAGAAGAGCAAAAGAGGUUGGUCAUGCAGACUAAACAAUGAAGGUCACCUGGGGCA